AUGGCUGAAUUACGCGUUCUCAAAACGGAUAAAGAACUUGAGGUAAUGAGAUACGCCAGCAAAAUUGCUUCUGUAGCUCAUCGGGCGACUAUGAAAGCGGUACGUGCCGGUAUGUACGAAUACCAAAUGGAAAGGUAUGCAUAA